GCUUGCAGAGUGUGACAGCAGAAAGAGAGAGAGAGAGAGAGAGAGAGAGAGAGAGAGAGAGAGAGAGACGGCGUGCAGGCAGAUGAAAGAGAAAGGAGGAGCUGAGAGGAAGAGGACGACGAAGGUGUCAGCAUCAGUCCCCCCCCCACACACACUCACACACUCACACUCAGGAGAGGAGGAGAGGAAGAAGUGAAGAAGAAAAAGAGCGAGGAGAAGGAGAAGAGGAGAGAGCUUGGAUCUUCCAUGCGGACGUAGCGGCUUCCAUCACAUCCUUGCCUGUGUGUGUGAGUGUGUGUGUGAGUGUGUGUGUGUGUGUGAGACAUGGAAUCCAGAGUGCUGCAUCGUCUCAGCUCAGUGCCGCUAAUGAAGACAGGGACGCUGCAGUGACUGUGUGUGUGUGUGUGUGUGUAUGGAGGUCUGAUAGGUGCAGUGCUGCUGCUGCUGUGUGUGUGUAUGGAGGUCUGAUAGGUGCAGUGCUGCUGUGUGUGUGUGUGUGUGUGUAAGAGGGGCACAAUGCGAGAACAGGAGGAACCGAGAUAGAGAAGAAAUCAAGGUGUGUGAGUGUGAGUGAGUGAGAGGUGGUCCGACUCCAGCACUCCUACUGCAGAACUCAUCUGCACACACCCGAACGCUGGCACCAGGGGCGGGCGAGGGGUCGUUGCUAACGGAGACGGUCCCGGGUCAGAGGCGGUGACCCCAGCGAAAGGCUGUCGGCACGGCGGCGCGAGGCAGCAGGGGCGCGAGCGAGAAAGACGGGCGGAAAGCCACCAUGGGGGAGUGGACGAUACUGGAGAGAUUGCUGGAGGCUGCGGUGCAGCAGCACUCCACCAUGAUCGGGAGGAUCCUGCUGACAGUGGUGGUGAUCUUCCGCAUCCUGAUCGUGGGUAUAGUUGGUGAAAAGGUGUACGAGGAUGAGCAAGUCAUGUUCAUAUGCAACACGCUGCAACCUGGCUGCAACCAGGCCUGCUACGACAAGGCCUUCCCCAUCUCGCACAUACGCUACUGGGUGUUCCAGAUCAUCCUGGUCUGCACCCCGAGCCUGUGUUUCAUCACCUACUCGGUGCACCAGUCGGCCAAGCAUAAGGACCGGCAGUACAUGAUCCUGCACGGCCCCUACAUCGAGCACGGGCACGGGCCGAGCCGCAAACUGCGCAACCUCAACGGGAUCCUAGUCCAUGACAAGGAUGAAGACAUUCCUGAGCUCAAGGACAUUCCAAACAUCCCGUCGUGGCCAGCUCGACCCUCAAAGAGCGCCAAGGCACGGCAACAGGAAGGUAUCUCGCGCUUCUACGUCAUCCAGGUGGUGUUCCGUAACGUGCUGGAGAUCGGCUUCCUUGCCGGCCAGUACUUCCUUUAUGGAUUCAACGUGCCGGCGAUGUUCGAGUGCGACCGCUACCCAUGCGUCAAGGAGGUGGAGUGUUACGUGUCCCGGCCCACUGAGAAAACCGUCUUCCUGGUGUUCAUGUUCGCCGUGAGUGGAGUUUGCGUCGUGCUCAACUUGGCCGAGCUCAACCACCUGGGCUGGAGGAAGAUCAAGGCGGCGGUACGUGGCGCUCAACAGCGCAGGAAGUCCGUGUGCGAGCUCAGGAAGAAGGAUGCCUCGCACCUGUCCUCGCUUCCCAACCUGGGGCGCACGCAGAGCAGCGAGUCGGCGUACGUCUGACGGAGAGUAGGGGAGGGGCUUCGGAGGGCAUGGGCAUGGAUAACUAGACGGAAGAAAAAGGCGCGUCCUACGAUUAUGACUUGAUAGCAUGGUAUCAUUCGCAGGGUUGGACAGCGGGGAGAGAGGGAUGGGACAAAAAGGAACAGGAAAGAUGAUAAACGGACCUCAGUGCUGGAGAGACAAACAUUCUGCGGGAGUGAAAAGGCUUUUCAUCCAAAAAUAUAGACGCAUGCAAGGACAAUAUACUCACCCUCGCAUACCUGUCUCCCAGAGAGACCCGGGGACGUCUUCCAACCAAAGCCACGUCGAGCAAGAGUUUUUUGAGAAAAGCUGUUGAAGUGAGAUCAGUCAUCGGGUCUCGUGAGGUCUCGUUUUCAAAAGUCGUAAAAAAAAGAUACGAAAAAGAACAAAGCAAAGAGCUGAAGCUUAGUCUGUCUCUCUCUUUUGGUGUAAAGCGGCAGUGUCUUUCAUACAUGGAGGUGAAUUAUAAAAGACAAGAAUGAGUCAUAAUGAUGAUGAUGAUGAUGAUGAAACAAGCCCCUCCCCCCCUUUUACAGCAGCCGGGCAAUAAGAGGACCACCCCCUUAGUCAUAUACUUAACCGUAACCAUAAAUGAAACGCAUAACCAAUCACUCGUUACUCCGUUCUCUUCUCUUAGAGCCCUCGAGCUGCUGCCUAGAAACAACUCUGUACAUACUUUGGCAUUAUGGUCACUUGCAUUCUUUUAAGGAUUAUUUAAACGCAGCUUUGUAUAACUUUUGGUCCUGUAUGUCCAAGUCAAGCACAGUUUCUGCUCUCACAUGUCUCGUCAGAAGUCCAGAGAAACGAGGAAAAAAAACCACAUUAGCUCUGGUGUUGCAGGCCACACAGAUGCGCAUGGCUAGAGAGGUAGCUAUAGAGUUCAUGCUAGGUAGCUAAAAUAGAUGCUAGGUGGUUUUAUUCCACAGUUAGAUGACAUUAUGGGAAAUUGCAAAAAAAAAAAAAAUCCUAUACUGUAAUUCGAUUUGAAGUAUGAUGUAUAUUCUGUCUGCCUAGCUUUGUCAAAUUUCUGCCAUUUUUUUUAAGUGGGCGGGGCUAUCCUUGGAUAACUCUCCCAUGGCUUUUUAUCAAAACUAUGCAUUAACGCUUGAAUCCGUUCUUCAGGUCUGAGCUUGAGAAUUGCUAGUAUGCUAACUGACUCGGAUGGUACAUGAUGACUUAAGUGAGUUUAGUUUGAGAGUCUGUCAAUCAAGCAUGAUUAGAAUAUUAGGCCACGUCCACGGGAGGGGACAGCUCUCAGAUCAGUGAGUUUGAUGGUGUUUGAGCAGCAGUUAUUACUAUCCGUGUCUUGUUAUUUUUUAAAUUUCGAUUUUGCCAAAUGUUUACUUUUAAUACAAAGAACAACCUCAACCUCAACAAUAACAACUUUAUAGUUUUAAGGCAAAAAAAAAAAGAA